CGGCUGGCAGAUGUGCGACCAGAAGAUCAGCUAUGCCUCGGUCGCGAUCUCAUCCGCCGCCGCGAGCUGCAGCGAGACACACAACGCGAUCCUUCACGUCCCGGCGGGCGACGGCCCCUUCCCGCUCCUCGUCUACCUCCACGGCGGCUUCUGGAAGCCAGAGUGGACCCGCGAGGCGACCGGCUCCGCCGCCUUCCUGGCCACCUUCACGUCGCCGCCCGCCGAGGUUGCGGCAGCGUCGCCGCUCGGACCCGUCGCGACGUUGAGCGUAGAAUACGCCAGGGUGGCGCAGGAUGAUCCGGCAAACUCCGAGGGCGGCGGCGGCUUCCCGGGCACGCAGCUCGACGUCCUCGCCGCGGUCAACGAGGUGGCCUCGCUGCACCGGGCUGGCGGUGAGGAUGGCACGGCCGGCGCAGCGGCGGCGCGGCUCGACCUCGGCUCCGUCUUUCUCGCCGGCCAUUCCGCCGGAGGCCAGAUGGCGCUGUGGCUCGGCCUCCUCUCCGCCCUCCCCGCGCAGGUGCGCCGCGCGGCCAUCGGCGAGGUGGUCGGCCGCAGCGACGGCGGGCCCGCACUGGCAGAGGUGGUGGCGGCGGGGGUCGACCCCGCCAUCAGCGUCGCGGGCGUGCUCGCCAUCGCCCCGGUCUGCGAUCUCGUCUCCGCCGCACAGGAGGGCCUCUCCGACUUUCACGACGCCGUCCCGAACUUGCUCUGGAGGUUCGGCCACACGGCCAAAGAGCCCGCCGCCCCGGGGGCAGGGCUGCAGCACGAGGCGGCGGCCGCCGCGUGCCCGGUCUCGCUGCUGCGGCGGCUCCCUCCCCUCGCCGCGGCGCCGCGCGUGUUGCUGGUGCACGGCGACCGCGACACCGACGU